GCCCAAGAAGCACAUCCUGGGAAAGAAAAUGCGUUGUGCACCUCUGUGCCAGUUCCUGUGGCUCUGGCCCUAUCUGUCCUACGUUCAAGCUGUGCCCAUCGGAAAAGUCCAGGAUGACACCAAAACCCUCAUCAAGACAAUUGUCACCAGGAUCAAUGACAUUUCACACACGCAGUCAGUCUCCUCCAAACAGAGGGUCACCGGUUUGGACUUCAUUCCUGGGGUCCACCCUGUCCUGAGCUUGUCCAAGAUGGACCAGACGUUGGCGAUCUACCAACAGAUCCUCACCAGUCUGCCUUCCAGAAACGUGAUCCAAAUAUCUAACGACCUGGAGAAUCUCCGGGACCUUCUCCACCUGCUGGCCUCUUCUAAGAGCUGUCCCUUGCCCUGGGCCAAUGGCCUGGACACCCUGGCGAGCCUUGGCAGUGUCCUGGAAGCCUCACUCUACUCCACGGAGGUGGUGGCCCUUAGCAGGCUGCAGGGGUCUCUGCAGGACAUGCUGCAGCAGCUAGACCUCAGCCCCGGGUGCUGAGGCCUUCAAGGCUGCUCUUCCCCCAAGGACAACGUUGAGGAAGGAAAUCUUGGCUUCCAUGUGUCUCCAGGAGAAGAGAGCCUUGUGUGGAUACUCCGUAUCCAGGACUCUGUCCAUUUCUCUCACUCCUCUAACCCUUCGAAAGGCAUGAGACUCUAAGCCUCCAUGUUGCUUGAAACCAAAGAUACAUACACCUGAUCCCAUUCCCACUAGGAAGGGGGGGUCCGUCCAGCAAAAAGUGGAUUGUGUCUGUGAUUCUCACCAAAUUGUUCAGCCACCAACAGGAGUUGUCUCAGCCCCUCCCCAUGCCAUCUCCUUCUCACUGCACGCUUCAGUGUGACCUGGGGUGAUUUCAAAGGAGGGGCUCAGAGCCUUUGGACGAUCUGAACAAGAUUCCAUCUGAGAAUUCUGGGGAGUACCGUGAAGGCUACAUCCACGCACAGCUGGAAACUCCCAAGCAAUGCAAGCUGGAAGCACUUAUUUAUUUAUUAUGUAUUUUAUUCUGAGUGGAUUUGAAGCAAAGCAUCAGCUUUUCCAGGCUCCUGGGGGCCAUCCAGGAUAAGGUUGCUCCUGGGGUGCUUUUUCAAUCUCAUCAAUGGGUCUGGCUGAGACAAACCCAUUUUGAGUGACUUGAGGGCUGGGAUUGUCUGAGCAAGAGCUGGCAGAGGUGGCUCUCAAGUUAGUUCUCUUGUAACUGGUUUUGUUUCUACUGUGAUGCAUUUUAAGUCACAGUCCUUGCAAUAGCAUUGCCCUGAGCAGAUAUCCAAGGGCCAGGUUAUUUUAAAAAGAAGAAAGAUAAUUUUGUCAACUGUAAUGUAGCUAUGUGCACCCAGGGGUUGGCAGGCAGGAGAAGGAUCCAGAAUGUGUUUUCUGAAUAAUAUUUAUGUGUUGGGUUCUUUAGAAGAGGUGAGGUCGUUUUCUGAUCUGCAACCACUUAGGGUGUUUUCCAUGUAAGUAGCAAAGGAUAACUCUUUCGGGGGCACUGAAGUCUGGGGGAGCCCCCAUGGAGGGAAGGUGCUGAGGCUAAAGGCUAUUCGUUGGGACGGAGGUGAGAUCUGGCCACUCUCACUGCUGCAGAGUGGCCUUUCCUAUCAGGGACAGAGGGUCCCACUCUCGAGACAGUGAUCCUCAGAGCAGGGUCCUUGGUGUGACCCUCCAAAUGGUCCAGGGUUGAUCCACUAUGGGUUUAUUACUUGACAGUGUCCCUGCUUGGAGUUUGCAGGCCAAAUUGUAGUUCUCGUCUGAUUGGCUCAUCCAAAGCAAAGCCACAUCUCCCACCCAAUCUGGGGGGGAGUUUUAUUCCAGUGGGAAAGAAAAAUCCCACUGGUCCUGAGACAGGACAGGCAGGCACUGCUGGGUGAAUGCCAGGACCCCAGGCCAGGCCACCAGGAUCCCCCUUUUCCCUGGAGGUCACGUUCAGUAGGACGGACAAGAAGGCUUGGGUUUUUCCACCAUUCUGCUGCCGUGAUGAAGCCGUCACGCUGUGGGUGGUGGAUCUGUCCAAGGAAACUUGAAUCAAAGUAAUAAACAUUGAGACUGAGCUCCUGCUUCCUGCUUCAUGCUCAGCCCUGACUGGUGCUAUGGGCUCGAGAAGCUCACCAAGUAAACAUUAAAAACGAGUCCUGCCCUCAGGGACUUUGCAUUCCCAAUGUUCAAACCUCACUCACCUGUGUGCUGCUGAGGUACCCCGCCGGAGCGCUGCAAGCACCGAGCACCGUCGGCAGCUGGGAGAUGGCAUGAGCUGAAGGGGCCCACAGGUAACCCCGCUUGCACAUCGUAGCAUUUUUACUUUUCAGGGCACGUUAGCAUCUAUUACUGAGUAGCCAGGAUAACUGAGGCUUUACAAUUAAGAAAAUAUUUAAGACUGUCAUAGCCGAUAGGCGGCAGGACCAGGACUACAGCCCCCGUCUGCUGCCCACCAGAGCAACCCUCGAGCCAGGUAAUCCUCUCGAGAGAGAGGCUGAAGCAAGGAAGACCAGAAUGUUUUCUAGAACAGAGGUGUUUUGAGGCAGAUUUUGAAGGAGGUGAGGUAUGUGAACGGCCUGCAGGGUGGAGGCUGUUUUGUUGGAAGCUUUGGUACGUGGAGACAGGGAGGUGAAGGUGUGAGCACCGAGUUAUGUCGAAAGGCAGAGACAGAAGAGAUGGGAGAGAAAGGGACAUGAUAAAGGGACAUGUUGAAGGGGAAAGAAGUGUGACACUAAAAGAGUUAAGUCACAAGGCCAGGAGCAGAGGCUUGUGCAGUGGUCAGGGUGGGACCUGCUCUGGGAAACGCGGCAGAUCAUCACGGCCACCUAAUCAGGCUGCGAUGUCUCAAGCCUUUUGCUCACAAAACCUGACACUAUGGCUCAUUCUCAGAGUGUGAAACUUCCCAAAUGUUAAUGAUUGU